CUUCUUUAAAUUCCUCAGAAAUUAAGACGUGUCAUCCGCUUAACAUCUUAACAUCUGUUCCUGCCUCUCACAUUUCAUCACCGCACCAGUCUGAAGGACACUUUCAGUCCCUUCAGACAGGAAAAAAAAACCCAAACCAAACCAAAACAAACCUUCAAACAGAGAAGAAACUAGCCCUUUCUUCAGUGGGAUGAAGCAUAUAAGGCAUUUCACUCCAUUCUUCGUUCUCUGUUUGGUGCAUGUUUGCCUGGUUCAUGCAAAUUAUGCCCCCUAUUUCUUUGAUAAUGGACCAAGCAGCACAAAUGGGAACAUGGCACUUCUCAGCCUUUCAGAGGACACAUCUGUUGGUACACAUGUGUACACUCUGAAUGGAACUGACCCAGAAGGAGAUCCUGUAACCUAUGGAAUUAAAUUUGAAGCAGGGUUAAGAAGAUACUUUGCCAUUGAUGUGAAUUUUGGGAAUGUCACAUUGAUUGAAGAACUUGAUAGAGAGAAAGAAGAUGAAAUCGAAGUAAUAGUCAGUAUUUCAGAUGGCAUAAAUACAGUUGAUGAAAAAGUCAGAAUCCUUGUAACAGAUGCCAAUGAUGAGAGCCCUGAGUUCAUCAACACACCUUACAUAGUCCAUGUCCCAGAGGACACUCCCUCAGGGAGCAGCAUCCUCAAGACUGAAGCAGUGGACAGAGAUACAGGUUCUGGAGGAAGCAUCAACUACUUUUUACAGAACAUCCAUACUAAUAAAUUUACAAUUGACCGGCACAGUGGUGUUCUUCGCAUUAAAAGAGGGGUCACCCUGGACUAUGAAAAAUCAAGGACUCAUUUUGUUACCGUUGUUGCAAAGGAUGGUGGUGGGAAGCUCCGGGGAAACAACAAGGUGUUUUCAGCAACAACUACAGUCACUAUCAAUGUAGAAGAUGUUCAGGAUACCCCUCCCAUGUUCAUUGGGACUCCAUACUAUGGAUAUGUCUAUGAGGAUACCCUGGCUGGCUCUGAGGUACUAACAGUUAUUGCUCUUGACGGUGACAGAGGAAAGCCUAACAAUAUUCAUUACAGUCUUGUGAAUGGAAGUGAAAGCUCAUUUGACAUCAAUAAUGCAACUGGAGCCAUUUCUGUUAUAAAAAGUCCUAACCAACUGAAGAAAGAGGUGUAUGAGCUAAAAGUUCAGGCAUCAGAACUCAGCAUGGAGGGCAAUGCGUCAGUGUAUGCUUUAGCCACAGUGAUUAUAAGAAUUGUUGACCUCAACAAUCAUCCACCAACAUUCUAUGGAGAAAAUGGGCCCCAGAACCGGUUUGAACUGACUAUGUAUGAACACCCGCCAGAGGGUGAGAUCCUGAGGGGGCUGAAAAUUACAGUCAAUGAUUCAGAUCAGGGGGCAAAUGCUAAAUUCAACCUCAGACUUGUUGGACCUGGUGGCAUAUUCAGAGUCGUUCCCCAAACUGUCCUGAAUGAAGCUCAAGUUACCAUAAUAGUGGAAAACUCUGCAACCAUAGACUAUGAGCAGUUUCAGGUGUUAUCCUUUAAGCUUCUUGCUAUAGAGGUGAACACUCCCGAGAAGUUCAGCUCAACAGCGGAUAUAGUGAUACGUCUGUUGGACACCAAUGACAAUGUCCCAAAGUUCUCAUCUGACUAUUAUAUUGCCAGGAUCCCUGAGAAUUCCCCAGGAGGUUCCAAUGUAGUGGCUGUAACCGCUACAGACCCAGAUUCAGGACUUUGGGGAGAAGUCAAAUACUCCAUAUAUGGAACAGGCACUGAUCUAUUUCUGAUCCACCCAUCAACAGGUAUUAUUUAUACCCAGCCAUGGGCUGUAUUAGAUGCUGAAGUCAGCUCAAAGUACAACUUCUAUGUAAAGGCAGAAGACACAGAGGGGAAGUACAGCUUGGCUGAGGUAUUUAUUACGGUGCUAGAUGUCAAUGAUCACCCACCAGAAUUCAAUGAGAACAUCCAGGAAAAGACUAUGAUCAUUGGGUCACCAGUGAAGAUAGAGGCUGUAGAUCAAGAUGCAGAAGAACCCAACAACAUUGUGGACUACUCUAUUAUGCAAGCGGAUCCAGCCAAUGUAUUUGACAUAGACCAAAGCACUGGGGAGAUAAAGCUGAAGUCAUAUAUCAGAUCCCUGGAUAUCAUCCACAACAUCACAAAGAACAAAGACUGUAUAUGGUCCCUGAUAGUACAAGCCAAAGACCGGGGUUCCCCUUCAUUUAGCACUACUGCAGUACUGAAGAUUGAUAUCACAGAGGAGACUCUUCACAAAGGGCCUAUGGCAGCCUUUUUGAUGCAAACUAAAGAUAACCCCAUGAAAGCCUUAGGAGUGCUAGCUGGUGUCAUGGGCAUAAUGGUGAUGAUCACAAUCAUAAUCUCUACUGUCAUGUUCUGGCGCAAUAAGAGGUCCAACAAAAUCAUGCCGGUAAGACGGAUCAUAAGAAAGAGACAGACGCAUCAGACUAGGGCGGUUAGGAUGGAGUGGCUGAAAUUCAAAAGGCCCAGCAUCAUUGCAGAGAAGUUUGCCAUUGAAGAAGACACAAAUAGCCUGAAGAAUGAAAACAGCAACAAUAACAUCCAAAUUCCUUCUCUACUGCCUAGUGCCCCAAGCCCACCCCCACCGCCAAUCCCACUUCUAGCACCUAAGAAGAACAGCACUGAAUGGAGCGUGCCCACAGUAUCAGGUUCCCUGACUCCCACGUUUAUAAACAAGCAAUUGAAAAAGAAGGGUCACAGCAGUGCCCACAAUGCCCUAGUGUCAGAGCUGAAACAGAAGUUUGAAAAAAGGAAUGCAGGCAGCAAAAACCAUCACCUCUAAUGAAUCCUCAUCCACCAUACAGGAGGAUUGCAUAUCACUACAGUGCAUGUAUAUAGUUACUUGGUGUGAUUAAUCUUUCCAAGUUCUAUCAAUACACAAGGAACUGCACCCCAAGCUACAAUCAUUGGUUACUUUGUGCAAGUAUUACACCCUAAUCUAUUUUGCAAUUGAAUUAUUUCGUCUAUAGCAUAUAAUGAAAUUGGUAUCAAGUCAUUUCCUAGAACUUCACCCAGAUUUUUUUAUAAAUGGUGGUUUCCUCCUAAGGUGCUAAUUGUCCUUGUCUUUAGGCUAAAGUUUUCAGAAGUGGCCAGUGAUUUAUGAUGUUGCAGUUUUGGGAGUUUCCAAUGUAAACUUCUUUCCAGAGAUUUGUUUUUUAAGGGUGCCAUUCACCUAAAAUUCCAGUUGAUGUUCAUUCUUAUCCAUUACAUAAAACAGAUCCAAGGUGCCUACAAUUGGGCAAUUAAAAUUACAGGACACUUUUGUAAAUAUUGCCAUUAUUGUACAAACAGCAGUGUAACAACUAUAAGGGGUUAUUUGCUAAAGCAGAUACAUUGUGAUUCUCCAAGUAGGUAGAUCAUAAUGGGUUCUUGUGUUCAGAGGUGGUUUGCUCUUAUGUUUUGCAACAGCUUGUGUGCUUAGGACCUAAGUAUCUUUGAUUCCAAGUGCAAAGCACAGAAACUUAGAAAAGUUUUGCAUUGUCAUGCAGUUUAUGCUGGCUUUUGUCAGAGUACAUUUAAUGUGCUGCUUUCCUCCAUUACCAAACCAUGAAUGCCUGCCAAGAAGAACAGAAAAAGCUUACUUAUUCUUUUUCAAACAUAGCUGGUGUGGGCCCAUAUGUAAUAAUUGCAACACCAUCACAAGGUGGAGCUAACAGUCCCUUCAGAUAACACAUCUGCCAACAGUGGAGAAUAAAGGAGGAGAAUAAACCUUUAAAAUUGAGGGGAAAAUGCUCCUGAAAAAAUGAGAGCAGAAUCUUGGAAGCAGGAUACACCAGGCAGACAAGAUGGUGUCUGAAAUAAUUGGGAUGUGGAGAUGGUUGUUAAAGAAAAUGAUUUUUUCAUUUAAAUUUCCAUUUUAAUCCUAAAAUAUUAGAGUUAUGCUAUGCUAUGCAUUGCUAGUGUUUGCAACUUAGUGUUUUUUUUACUGUACUUUGUAGCGUGGCAAUAAUAGUAGUAUUGGGCAUUGAUAUGUGUUUCACAUGGUCUACCAUAGGGUCCUCUUCUGCCAUUAUUGUUAAACAAAAUCUCUCUUAUUUGUUCUGAGGUAGAUAAUACAAAUUAACAAGCAAGUGAGUAAAAUGCUUCUUUGCAUCUCAUGGAAUAAGGCAUUGGAAGAAAUUUAAAGCUUGACUCGCUGAUACAGUCUGGCCUAUUUAUACCACACAAGCAAAGCAAACAAUUGAAGUCUGGUUUAACUAGCUAGGUAAGCCAGGUUAAGAGCUGCUUUGCAUGCCACAGAAUAGGCCCCCUUGUUUCCUUGGGGACAAGGAGAAAGUGAACCUUUUAAAAUGUCAUCCUCUGGAAGAGCCACUGUGCUGUGGUACUUCAGUGUUUAUAACAUUGCCCUUCUACAUGUGCGGGUAGAGGUAUGAUGGGAUGUAAUGCACAAUCCACACAAAUCCUGCCAUAAAACAUACGCAAGGCAGGAGGCAUGAUUGUGGGAUCGUGCAUUAGAUCUGAUAGCGCCUUAUUGCUAAUGCAGGGGGAGCCCAAUCCCAGGCUUCCCUGCACUGGCAAGAAACAAGUUCCUGUGGCUGGAUGCCCCCUUAGUUGAGGAGCUCUUAGCCAUGGGACAUUCAUGCACCCCCAAAACUAGGAGAUCACAGCAGCUGCAAUCCACCCAGCCCAUCUGGGUCACAGCUGCGGGACUCUGGGUCCCUGUGCUGCCAAGAUCCAGAGUCAGCAGCUGCUGGGACUGAGAGUCCCUCAGCUGUGGGACAUGCAGCCCUGGCUAGGCAUGGUGCACCACUGCAGUUGGGACCCUGUUUUAUGUGCAAAUUGAACCUCAGUAGCAACUAGCUAUAAAGUUAGUACACACUUUUGAGGUCUAACUUCAUAACUGAUUGGAACUUUCAUGCCAGGAUAGCUACUUUGCAGGUAUAGCUGGUCUCAAAGGUAAUUGUACAAUUAACCAGUUAAUUAUGCAAUAUCUGUAACAUGUAGAGGGAGCUAUUGUGUCAACACAUUGUUGCACCCUGUUGCCCUCUGGAAUACGUUAGCUCCCCGAAUAUUUUAGGCUUCUCUUAACAUCUUUGAGGAGUGUAGGACUGUGCCAUGAAAUUGAGGAAGAGAAACAAAAACUAAACACUUGGGAUGUAAAGUAUUCCAGAUCAUCAGCUUUCCUUUGGAAUGUUUCUUUAGUUGAUUAUGUUAUUUCUGACUCUUAUCUACAGAUUAUUUGAUUGGGCUGAUAGUUAAAGGGAAACCAAUCAUAUACCCUUAAUCAUGUGACUCCCUCAGGGAAGGUAAGAUCUUGUGCUGUCUUCACUGGAGCAAUGAUGAUGCCACUCUGCUACUGAUUCAGUAGAGGGUGGCAUAUAACAUCAUGAUUCUCUGUUCCUUUCUUCUCAUCUGCCUACAUCUUUCCCACACUAUUAAUCCUAUAUCUCAUCUUAAGCAUCCAAGCUACAGAAGCUCCCAAAAAUAAUUGGGAUGAGGUCUCUGAACCAAAACCUCAACUAAUUAUUAAAAGACAUGGAAAAUAUGAGACGAUCACAUGUUGCUGAUGAGCAGUGAUACAGGAAUUAUCAUGGAAUAGUUAAUAUUCAAAAGAGUAUUCCUACACCCUGCAUAUUUUUAAGUCUUUUUGAAUGUUUAAGUCUCCUUUUCUGCACCACUUUGACAUCUCACCAUCUAAUCAGACCAUUGUAAAACAACCAUUUGAAAUCAGUCAGCUGCAUUGUGUGUGUGUGUUUCUCUCUCUCUGACACUACAAAAGAAAAUAUGAUGGCAGGUCCUGUAGACAGAGCUCUGAAUGAUAGAUGUGUGGACUAAUGAGAGAAAGCAGUGGAACAGUACUACCUUUUCAAUUACAGUAUGUGGCUCUUUAAAAAAUCAUAUUGGCCACUCCUUUCAACUUUAUAUAUGCAUUAGCCCUGAUUUUCAUUUGUCUAUACCAGUUUUAUACAAACGUGACUCAUGGUGUCCCAUCCAUUCUAUGAAAUCUCAAUCCAUUUUCUAUGUCUACUGUCUUUUUUUUCUGUCCUUAAAAAGAUAAGAGGAAACAGUGUUAUACACUUUAAACUUGGAAGCAAGUUGCCUUUCCAAAGGGACAGAGGACAGAUAAUAUAUAUAUUUAUUGGUCAGAAAUUGCACAGAGACAUACAUUGUAGUCUGGAGAGUAUUAUUUGUACUAUGGACCUGAUGCCUCAUUACAGUAUGCUAGAGUAAUACUAACCUAAAACUGGUGUAACUGAGUAGAGACUCAAUCCCUAUCUAUUUGCAGGCGAGAGCAAUUUCUUCCUAUCUACUUGCAAAAGCAUUGUUUACAAGAACAAGCGUACUGAUCACUGAAUCUAUUUCUUUUUCUUUUUUGUAGUCUCAUGUGUAAGGAAAACGGGGCAAUGUAUAAGAGACCUCCAAAGUACCGAGUGAUACAAUUAGUGUUUUUUACAUAGGAAAUGAAUGAAUAAAUAAAAUAUUAAGUAGAACUAUGCAAGUUGUUGAGAGUGGGGAAAAUGUGACCUAUUAUCAUUAUUAUGAUCAUCUCUAUUAAUAGCAAUAAUCAAUGAUGAUGAUUAUUGUUAUUAUUACUACUGAUUAUUCUGUGUAGUUCCAAUUAACAGCAUUAUAGGAGUUUUGGAAAGUGAAAGAGAGAAAAGAGGCUCGAAGUGCAAAUUACUGUUGAGACAUAGCACAAAACAAAACUGGUGAAAUUCUCUUUGCUUCUCUGCAGCAAGGUUUGAAUUUUUCCAUACGGCCCUUACUAUUUGCCUAGAUGCUGCUACCACCCUUCCCACUAUUUCCUUUUGUUUCCUCACAUGGAUUUUACUGCAUUUUGGAGCUGAUUUAUUUGCUGUUAUUCUCAGCAGGAAUGACUAAACCACAGAGCCCAGCUCCUCUGCUUAUGUAAGUCAGCAUUGCUUCAUUGGAGCAAAUUACAGUGGCUCAACUUCCUCAGGAAACAGUUUACAAAAUCACCAUCAGCUGCAUUUGCACAGCUCUGCUCCAGACCAUCUAGGUAAUGCAUGACUUCACAGGGAGAAGUACUUUAUUUGUAAGGUACAGGAGUGGCCAUGAUCAUCUGCUGUAAUGAUUUCUAUGUAGGACAUUUGUUUAAUUUGUUACUAUUUGUGACUAUUUGUUACUAUUUGUUCAUACACCGUUUCAUGAGGUUCCAAAUGCUUGUAACCUUAUCUGUACUACUGUUUUCCUGAUGUCAUAUUUAAGCCAGUAUUUAAUGUUCAUUCUUAUAUAAUGGGAACCUGAAAGGACUGUUAAUUUAAUUAGAUUUAACAAUAAUUGUGAUAAUAGUAUUUUUAAAAUUGUUUAAAUGAGGGGAGGGAAGAUGUUUUAUUAUAUAUUGUAAGACUUCAUUUUCCAGUGGAUACAGCUAUUGUUUCCUAUUAUGCUGUAUUCCAACUGAUUUUUUUUUUAUUAAUAAAAUCUGUUAAAGGUA